AUUUGAUGGCAUGAUGUCUCACAGAAGGUUCUCCGCUCCCAGACAUGGGUCCCUCGGCUUCCUGCCUCAGCAGCGCAGCAGGAAGCAUCAUGGGAAGGUGAAGAGCUUUCUUAAGGAUGACCCUUCCAAGCUGGUCCACCUCACAGCCUUCCUGGGAUACAAGGCUGGCAUGACCAACAUCGUGCAGGAAGUCGACAGGCCAGGAUCCAAGGUGAACAAGAAGGAAGUGUUAGAGUCUGUGACCAUUGUGGAGAGACCACCCAUGGUGGUUGUGGGCAUUGUGGGCUACAUGGAAACCCCUCAAGGCCUCCAGACCUUCAAGACCGUCUUCGCUGAGCACAUCAGCGAUGCGUGCAAGAGACAUUUCUAUAAAAACUGGCAUAAAUCUAAGAAAAACGCCUUUACCAAGUACUGCAAGAAAUGUCAGGAUGAGGAUGGCAAGAAGCAGCUGGAGAAGGACUUCAGCAGCAUGAAGAAGUACCGCCAAGUCAUCUGCAUCAUUGCCUACACUCAGAUGUGCCUGCUUCCUCUGCACCAGAAGAAGGCCCACCUGAUGGAGAUCCAGGUAAAGGGAGGCACCAUGGCCAAGAAGCUGGACUGGGCCCACGAGAGGCUCGAGCAGCAGGUACCUGUGAACCAAGUGUUUGAACAGGACGAGAUGAUCGACAUCAUCGGGUUGACCAAGGGCAACGGCUACAAAGGGGUCACCAGUCGUUGGCACACCAAGAAGCUGCCCCGCAAGACCCAUCGAGGCCUGUGCAAGGUGGCUUGUAUUGGGGCACAGCAUCCUGCCCCUGUGGCCUUCCCUGUGGCCUUCCCUGUGGCACGCGUUUGGCAGAAAGGCUACCGUCACUGCACUGAUAUCAAGAAGAAGAUCUAUAAGGUCAGCCAGGGACACUUUAUCAAGGACAGCAAACUGAUCAAGAACAAUGCCUCCACUGACUAUGACCUGUCUGACAACCACCCUCUGGGGGCCUUUGUCCACUAUGGUGAAGUGACCAAUGACUUUGUCAUGCUGAAAGACUGUGUGGUGGACACCAAGAAGCAAGUGCUCGCCCUUCACAAGUCCUUGCCAGUGCCAACCAAACGGCAGGUUCUGGAGAAGAUUGACCUUAAGUUCAUUGACACCACCUCCAAGUUUGGCCAUGGCUGCUUCCAGACCAUGGAGGAGAAGACAGCAUUCAUGGCACCACUCAAGAAAGACCGAAUUGCAAAGGAAGAAGGAGUUUAAUGCCAGGAACAGUUUUUGCAGCUGGUG